AUGGCGUCACCAAGCGACAUCCGCGACGUCACUCUCACCUCUACAUUCUGGACAUCAAUGCAAACCCGUUCUCGCGACAUCACCAUCCCAGCAAUCAUUCACGCCCAGAAAUCUUUACAGCACUGGUACUGUCUAACAUGGAAGGAAGGCCAUGGAAUCAAACCGCACCCGUUUUGGGAUUCAGAUAUCUACAAAGUCACUGAAGCUGCUUGCUAUUUUCUGUUGAAAAAUGAUGAUCCCGUUUUGAGACAAGAAGUCGAGCACGCUGUUGAUAUGAUUCGUGCGUCGCAGCAUGAGGAUGGGUAUUUGAAUUCGUAUUAUACUGUUAGAGGUAUAAAAGCUUGCGUGGCCUAUGAGACGUUGACGAACAGUAGACGACUUUUGGAACCUGUCAUGAAGGCAUUGAGGCAUGUUGAUUCGGUCUUUGGUCCCGAAGAAGGGAAACUUCAUGGUUACCCUGGUCAUCAAGAGAUCGAAAUCGGGUUAUUGCGCCUUUACGAUCUGACCAAAGAUCCACUGACCCUUAAAUUGGCUAAAUAUUUCAUCCUGGAGCGAGGUCGAAAGGAUGAGAAUGGUGAGAUCUUCUACGAUCAUGAAUCGAGGGCGAGAGGAGGGGAUCCAUACGAUCACAUGAGUGCCGAGAUGGUGAAUUCUUACCUACAUCCUAGAUUUUAUGAGUAUCACCAAGCGCACGCACCGCUUGUCGAACAGGAUGAGAUUAAAGGCCAUGCAGUACGCGCCAUGUACUUUGUCACCGCAGCCACGGAGUUAGUCCGCUUGACAGGCGAUACCCAAGUCAAAGCGGCCCUUGGCCGUUUGUGGCGAAGCACGGUCGACAAAAAGAUGUAUAUUACUGGUGGAAUCGGCACCAUACGACAGUGUGAAGGGUUUGGACCGGAAUAUUUCUUGAGCGACACCGAAGAAAGCCAAGCCUGUUAUGCUGAAACAUGUGCUACCUUUGCUUUGAUUGUCUGGUGCUCCAAGUUAUUGCGUCAGGAACUCAAAGGCGAGUAUGCGGAUGUCAUGGAGAUCGCUUUGUACAACGGGUUUUUGGGUGCGGUUGGUCUGGACGGGAAAUCAUUCUAUUAUCAGAAUCCAUUGAGGACUCUUACUGGCCGUAAGAAGGAGCGCAGUACCUGGUUCGAAGUUGCCUGUUGUCCACCCAACGUCGCAAAAUUAUUGGCACAGCUUGAAACAUUGAUAUAUUCAUAUCAGCAAGAUCUGGUUGCUAUCCAUCUUUGGAUUGCGAGUGAAUUCACCAUCCCUGAGAGUAACGGCACUGUGAUUUCGCAAACGACUAAUCUCCCCUGGUCAGGUGAUAUUGAGCUCAAGGUCAACGGACCAAAAGCAGUGAAACUUGCACUCCGAAUUCCGGACUGGGCAGUAUCGAACUAUACAUGCUCAGUAUCAGGUGGUGAGCUCAAGGACGGAUAUCUCUAUCUCCCUGCUUUGACCAACACCACGAUCAACUUGACCUUCCCCCUACAGCCACGCAAGGUCUAUGCAAAUCCCAGAACAGAUAAGGAUGAAAUAUGUAUCAUGCGCGGACCAAUGGUCUACUGUAUUGAGGAUGUUGACAAUCCCGGCGUCGAUAUUGAUCAUAUUGCUCUGAUAGAUGGUCCCGUGGCUGAUGCUCCUGCUGCAACAAUCGCUGGGGUGGAGGAUGUGGUGACUGUGAGUUCGCCUGGGAAGGAAUUGGUUAAUACCAAUUGGUCAUCAUUGUAUGGGUCAGAGGGAUGGAAAUAUAGCGAGUCGACUAAACAGUUGACUUUCGUACCGUAUUUUUUGAGGAUGAACAGGGGCGGUAAUGGUGGGAUGAGAGUGUGGGUAAAGAGGAUAUGA